AGCGCCGGGUAUCAGAGCGCGCGCCGACAUGGCUGGAGCGUGUCGCCUCGUGCUGGCGCUGGCGCUGUGCUGCGUGCGUCGGGCGGCCGCACACGAGGACGUGAGACUGCGCCUGGGGCGAGUGGACUCCGUGGCCGCGCUGCUGGGCGUGCUAGCGCCCUCUGACGGCCGCCUCUGCGACGAGGAGCUGCUGCAGCAGCUGGAGGGGGACACUGAGGCCAGCCAGGAAGAACUCUCUAACCUGCGAGCGGUAUGCAAUGCGACCAAAGCAGAGUUCACCCGAGCAUUUCCGGUCAUAGGCGGAAGAGCUCUAAUGCCAGCAAAAAGUGUGAACCCGCAUAUGCUGAAAGCGAUGAAGAAAGUGUUCAAGAAAGGAGUGCCCAGGUCUCGCUGCAAACUACGCACCGUCGUGGAGCCUCUAAAACCGGCCUCCACCAGCCACUACUACCUGCCACGCUGCCUGACUGCCAAGCGCUGCACGGGCUGUUGUGACCUCGAGAUGGUGCACUGUGAGCCAGAUGCCACCAGGACCUCCAAGAGGAAGGUGAGGCCUCCACCAGCCACUACUACCUGCCACGCUGCCUGACUGCCAAGCACUGCACGGGCUGUUGUGACCUCGAGAUGGUGCACUGUAAGCCAGAUGCUACCAGGACCUCCAAGAGGAAGGUGAGGCCUCCACCAGCCACUGCUACCUGCCACGCUGCCUGACUGCCAAGCGCUGCACGGGCUGUUGUGACCUCGAGAUGGUGCACUGCUAGCCAGAUGCCACCAGGACCUCCAAGAGGAAGGUGAGGCCUCCACCAGCCACUGCUACCUGCCACACUGCCUGACUGCCAAGCACUGCACGGGCUGUUGUGACCUCGAGAUGGUGCACUGCUAGCCAGAUGCCACCAGGACCUCCAAGAGGAAGGUGAGGCCUCCACCAGCCACUACUACCUGCCACACUGCCUGACUGCCAAGCACUGCACGGGCUGUUGUGACCUCGAGAUGGUGCACUGCUAGCCAGAUGCCACCAGGACCUCCAUGAGGAAGGUGAGGCCUCCACCAGCCACUACUACCUGCCACGCUGCCUGACUGCCAAGCGCUGCACGGGCUGUUGUGACCUCGAGAUGGUGCACUGCUAGCCAGAUGCCACCAGGACCUCCAUGAGGAAGGUGAGGCCUCCACCAGCCACUACUACCUGCCACGCUGCCUGACUGCCAAGCGCUGCACGGGCUGUUGUGACCUCGAGAUGGUGCACUGUGAGCCAGAUGCUACCAGGACCUCCAAGAGGAAGGUGAGGCCUCCACCAGCCACUACUACCUGCCACACUGCCUGACUGUCAAGCACUGCACGGGCUGUUGUGACCUCGAGAUGGUGCACUGCUAGCCAGAUGCCACCAGGACCUCCAAGAGGAAGGUGAGGUCUCCACCAGCCACUACUACCUGCCACGCUGCCUGACUGCCAAGCACUGCACGGGCUGUUGUGACCUCGAGAUGGUGCACUGUGAGCCAGAUGCCACCAGGACCUCCAAGAGGAAGGUGAGGCCUCCACCAGCCACUACUACCUGCCACACUGCCUGACUGCCAAGCACUGCACGGGCUGUUGUGACCUCGAGAUGGUGCACUGUGAGCCAGAUGCCACCAGGACCUCCAAGAGGAAGGUGAGGCCUCCACCAGCCACUACUACCUGCCACACUGCCUGACUGCCAAGCACUGCACGGGCUGUUGUGACCUCGAGAUGGUGCACUGUGAGCCAGAUGCCACCAGGACCUCCAAGAGGAAGGUGAUCGUGGUGGACUUGAUGUCCUCCGUUGGGGCCAGUCUCAAGGCAGUCAACACCAUCGAGGUGGUGGACCACCUCAGCUGCAGGUGCACCGAUGGCUAACAUCACCGGGGACCACACUGCCGACCACGAAUGUCACGUGGCGAGUUCAGCACCAGUGUCACCAAACCGACCCACAGGCUGUGCAUAAUGAACUCUCGAUAGCGGAUCGCUUGUGACUAUACAUCUGCAGCAAACAUUUCAUUUCAUGAGGAGAGGCCUUUUGGCAUUGUCUAUUCAAGACUUCUUCAAUGUGUGCCAUAUUCUCUAAAAAGUUUGGCAACUAUUAUGGACAUCUGGACUAGAUUUUCUUGAGGAAUUUAGGGAGGAUUUUUAAAACACUGGUUUACUGUUUACUGUUGCCUUCUGCAUCACUUGCAAGUACUACGUAGUUCGUCUGCCUCUGCCAUCUACCUGCUCGUCUGUCCUCCAAGAGGCCGCCGACACUUAGUAGAGAAAGACUCUUUAUCCCGGGAGUCAUCCGGCUGACUGAUUGCCGGCACUGGACAAUUGGGUCGCUACAUUUCUAUUCUAUAAGACAGUAUUAAAUGUCGUCAGUCAGCAAGUGUCUUAAAGUGGAAGGAUAGGAACAGAAUGAACCCCUCUAAUUUACACAGUAAAUAUUUUGUUCAUCUAUGGGAAGGGGGGGGCAAGAUGGAAAUGUUAACAUAUUAAUGUAAAUAAAAAACACAUCUAAGAUACCACAAAAAAAGUUUUUAUGUUUAUGAGUAAUAUUAUUCAUUUACUACCUAAAUACAUGUUAUGGAAUUAAUUUGUAUCCAAUGUGUAAAUGAAAAAAUUUUUUUUAAAAAGAUGUGCAUUGUUUCCAUCUUGCCCUCAUAAAGGGGGCACAAUGGAAAGCCAAUCAGGGCAAGAUGGAAAUGAAUAAUAGGUAUGUAGGUAAUAUCUAUCCUCCAGUAAACUAUAUAUCACAAACAUUUGAAAUGUAUUAGACUAAAACAUUUCACUUUCCCAGUUUUCACAUUAUGUUAGUUUUGACUAAGUACUACGACAAAAGUCACAAACAUAGAAGCCAGUUUUGUUAUUAAAAUCUGUACAGUUUUCAUGAGCCCAUUGCUGGCAUAUGUUACAUUGAACCCACAUUUCCUUAUGUUUACUGUCAUUAUAGGGUUCAUUGCAAAUAAGGCAUGACACUCUUUCAUCUGGAAUUGGAUUAUCGAUAGGUGGCUUUGGAAAAGUGAUAGGCCUAGGCCAAUUUAGGUCUUGAUUUGAUUUUCUCUUCUUUCGUAGGCCUAUUCCUGAUGAAGAAGCACUUGGUUCAGACAAUAUACUCCUCUUCACAGUUUUAUGACUGCUUUGCUUUUGUAGCAAUUCAUUCUUGAAUGGGGAGCUUGUAAGGAUUUCAGAUUUCUGACAGCAACGACGUCGUCGUGAUCUUGCAGCUCUAUUUGCUUUAGGGAUUGGCAAAGUGUAUUUUGGAGAUACAUUGAAAGUAGUUGACACACUACUACUCUCAGUAUUUUGAUCAUAUGAACUUUGUGAAACAUCAUCCCUACCAUUAUCUGGAUAAGGCCUAGGAAUGCGAACCUUAUUAGGUUUAGAGGAAAUGUCACAUACGACUAAAGGUUCAUUGACAUUAUUUGAAGAAGCAGCAGGUGCAUUAUAAGAACAGGAAGGGAGCACAGGUACAGAAGUAGUCUCAUAAGAUUUAGUAGAUCCAGCUGAGUAAGACAACCUGGUAGAGAUAGCAGAAUCCUCAUUGGAAAUGAUGGGAGAAACAACGCGUGACCCACUGGGAUAAUCUCUUUGAGUCGUUGGAUUCUCAUUGGAAAAAUUGACAAGAUGAGUAGGAGCUGCAGUGGGUCUUGAUGCCAAAGAAGGGUCUUGAGGUUCAAUGUCAACUGCAGAAUGAGCAGUUGCCACAUUGACCAAAACUGCAGAGUGUUCAGAUUCCAAGGAUGAAUCUUGAGGUUCAAAGUGAACUGCAGAAGGAGCAAAGUCUAUUUCUGAGAAGACAUGUUUGUUGAAAGGCCAUAUUCCACGUUUUUUAAAUCCUGAUGUGGCAGAACUCAUAGUUGCACUAUUCUUAAAGGCUUUAUUUACUAGAUUAGGUAUGUCAUAUUGGUUGAUUCUGCGGCCUGGAUGAUUCUUCUGGAACGUAUGUACAGCCCUUUCAAAUGUGUCUUUGAAAGACUUGAAAACGAUAACAUACAAUGGCUGGAGCUUAUGCGUUGUAUGGGCAGGCACCGAGACCAUUAUGACUCCCUUUUCACGGGCCAAUUCAAUGGAGUGUAAAUUUAGGUGAGCUGCAUGAUUAUCAAGAAUUAAAAGGCAAGGAUGCUCAAGAGUCGGCCUCACACAGUCCACAAAAAACUUCAACCACUCGUGAAAAUGCUUGCAUUUAUCCAGCCAGAAUCUGUGCACCAAGCAGCACUGCCAGUUGGUCCUCCAUCUAAGAUUCUUUCUGGUACACUUUUUGUCUAUCCGAAUAUGAAACAUGGUGGUAGAAAAUUUCCUGGUGCGUUGCAACAACCUAUAACUGUAGUCAGUUCUCCUUUUUCAGCAGUACUAACCACUCCAACUUGUCUCUUUCCCUUGGUGGAAAUCACUUUAGGGGGUCUGCUUGAAGAUGUCUUCACACCGGUUUCGUCCAUGUUGUAUAUGUCCAGUGGUCGUUUAACAAAGCCAUGUUUCUCAUAAACACCCCAUAAAUUGUCAUAAAACCUAUCAACCAUUUCUCUGUUGAACCCUGCACACCGAGCUAUGCUCGUAGAUUCUGGAGUUCUGUAGGACAACUCAGGAUGCCUUUUCAUAAAUCCUUCGAGCCAAGCUCUACCAGCUUUUCCAUUUUGAAAGGGGUUGGGAAUGUUGUUCUUCAGAGCCAGCAAAAACACUAACUCUUGAAGAGAUUCUCUGGUUAAGCCAUAAUACAUCAUAUCCAUCUCUUUUGCAUGUCUCACUAUUUCCUGUUCCAUAUCAGGAGAGAAUACCUGCUUGAAUCGUCCAAGUACUUUAUUUGAUGUACCAGUCUGUAAAUGUCUGUGUAAAGUACCAAGUGGGACACCAUAUCGUCUGGAAGCUUCUGCUAUGCUUGAUCGUUUGGCUUCUUCCAUUGCUUGCCGCACAUCAUCUUCAGUCCAGCUACCCCUAUUGCUUUUCUUUUUGUAGUGAUGCACCAUCUGGAAAAAGACAAAAUAAAUUAGAACACUAACUUGUCCAGUAUUUACAAAGCCGAUAUGUACGUAAAUAACUUAGUAAUUUGGUUUGGACAUAAAACAUCUAGCUUCUCAGCCAUAGGCCGAAAUCAGGAACAUUAGCUGUCAUCUUAAGUAUUUAAUUUUAAUGUCACAUUUUCUACUUUUAACAUUAACCCAGAAUUUGCAGCAAUGUUUUAAAACAUAUUACUUUUCUUUAAAUCGCUUAAGACUUGUAAGGAUAACAAUACCCUUAAAACUAUUGUUAAUAACAAUCCAAGAUGGCGACAGAUGCUUCCCUAUCAGUGUGUUCUGAAAAAUAAUGUUGCGCAAAAGAGAGGGCAAGAUGGAAAGCUUUCCAUGUUGCCCCCAAAACAACAUUUCCAUCUUGCCCUCUUAACGUAAAAUUACACCUUUGCACUUAACCUGUGAUCUAUGCAUUGUUUAGCAGGACAAAAUCACAGAUGUAUUAUUAUUAAUUAAAAGAAAUAUUAUAACUGUAAAUAUGUUGAAAGUUUUAAAUGAAGUAUUGUUAAAAACAAAUGUGUAAACACAAUUUAUUACUUACCACGAAAGCUCAGAUGUUGACAUGCCCGAAAAACAAUUUGUGCCUAUGAUGUCAGUGUUGCCACUACAACAUUUAAUUUUAAGUUUCCCUUCUGAAAAUGGUAAUAUCUUUGUAGUAACAAAAUAAAAUGAGUGUCAUCUGGUGUAGGAAAAGAGAAAAUAUGAUUUUCCAUCUUACCCCCUAUUUCCAUCUUGCCCCCCGUUCCCCUAAUGCUAUAGAUUUGCCUUCAUGAUAACUGACAUCACAUAAAAAAAAGUUUUGAUAUCAAAAAAUAGCAUCGAUUUAUAGUAUUAUUAAAAUUCAUUGUUAUUCUCCAAAUAAAUGUAAUAUUAAAUGUUAAUGCCUACACUAAGAAAACAUGUUGUAUCAGCCAGUAACUAUUUAAUUCCGUUACUAAAAAAAAAAAAAAUAUGUACAAUGCUAUCACGAAGCCAAAAUUUUCAUAUUUAAAUUUUAAUAAUUCGUAUGGCUAAAGCUGAUGAAACCAACAUGGCGCCUUACCAACAGUUUUUAAUGUUACAUAAUAUAAGAUAUUUAUAGGAUUUCGUCUUGGUUUUAUCGACAUUUUGUCCAAAACAAUUUUAUGUCGUGUUACAUUAAAUUCAGAAUUUAUCUUAAUUUAAGCAUAGCUUUUAUAAAAUGCAAUGAUAUGCCUGAAAUAAAAAGUGAUUUGCUGCUCUAUGUAAGUUACCCUGUGAAGUCAUUGGGUUAAGAGGCUUAACAACACAUAAAUGUCAGUUAAGUAAAAAAUUGCAUUUCACUAAAUAUUUACCUUCAUAUAAUAUGGUUAACCAUUGUUUAACUUUAAACGAUAAAUUUCGUUCUUUUAAUUUCUUAAAAGUGGUUUAGCACACACCAAAAUGGCUGCACAAUAGAAUCAGUUGAUAGUUGAAGACAAUAAAAAAGAUAUAUAAAUAAUUUCAAAUUUUUAAGCAAGAUUACUGAUUUAAAUACAUGUUUUAACUAAAUAAAGAAUGUAUUAAAGAUAUGAGUCGAUUGCUUCAAAGUUACAAGUUAUUGUAAUGUAUUCAACCCCUAAAACAGUCUCAAAUAAAUUAAAAACCCUAAACUUUCCCCGACAUUGAAAUUGAAAUUUUUUUUCAAUAUACACACUUGUUAAUUAAGAGGUCACCUACUACUAGCGUCGUUUCGUGGCAAACCACCGUGACCUUCACUAAUCCUACGAAACACACUAAGGCAAAGGAUAGGCAAAUGCCAGAUGUAUUUAUAUAACAAUGAAUCUGUUUCCUUCAAUAUUUUAGAUGGACCAUCCAUGACAAAAGCUCCCUGCUCGUACCUGUAAUACUUAUAAUUCUAUGUAUAAAAUUAUUCAUACCUUAAUACGUUCAAGAAAACACCCAAUUGUAGCCAUUUUCGCUGUCCAAAUUAUAUAUGUUAGUAAUUAAACCUAGUCACUAAAAUACCAUAGAAAGUGCAACGGCUGUUUGAUGUGGUUGCGUAUCCUGUUUGGUGGACAUCUCCAAGUGGAUGAUGGUGGUCAUUGUUCAGUUUGCCCAGUGCCAGCCCUGCGAGAGAGCAGCUUCUUCCCUUUCGAAAACAGAUGUGUGGACCUUUCGACGCAGGUUGUCCACUGGAGAAUGCGCUCCCGCCUAGAACUGCAGUGGCAGGAAACGGAACACACCCCUACUGGGUCCCGCGAAUACGCCCCUAAGCUUACUGCACACUUCACCCGUCUCCCCUAACAGUUGCAUAGAAGGAAAUUAUACUAAAAGAAAAGGUACCCACAGUUCGGUCGGUGGAAUUGCAUGUUUAUUUGUUGCGGUGGUACACUGCACAGUCACCCGAACAAUAUCACUCAUAUUUGGGAUUCUUUACCUCGCAAAAAACUUCAGUCCGGAAUGUUUGUCGACGGCCGGGUGGGGCAUUAAACGAUAAAUGAUCUCCGGAGUCAGCCGGCACCGCAAAUAAACCACCUGGCCAUUUGCCCCAUGGCGCGAGGUCGCAGAAGGCUUCCUGCUCAAAUACUGGAAGUGAAGCGUGCAGGGGCGAGUCUAUGGACCUACUUGUUGGGUACUUCCAGGCAGACAACAUCAUCAUAAUGAAAAUUAAACCUUACUAAUUUAAUUACUUGUAAAAUAAUAUUCUUUUGAUGUUAUCAGGCUUAGGAUAUUUAAUGUAAAUGUUAAUAUUUUCGAGGGUUUGUACAAAGUUUCAACAAAUACACGUACGUUUACCGACCCCAAAUUAUGAGGCAAAAGUAUAAAAUUAAAUUGAAUAGAUUGUCAAUAAUGCAUGUGUAUGUAACUUAUUAGUUGUAAAAAUUUAAAUAUUUAAAUAGUUUUACUACUGUUAAACAUUUAUAUUGAAAAAAAAGUUACCCACUUGUUUAGAUGGUUAUUAAAUUUUAUAAAAGCCAAAAAUUAUAUCCGUUCGAAUUACUCCAGUAGCGUAGUGAACCUCAGGGGGCAGUGAAGAAUGCAGGGUUGCAAGUAAAUAGUUGUUGAAUUCAGAAACUGCCUUACUUCAUAACGCACAUUCUUCACUGGUUUCCCAUCAUCCCUUCCCUUAUCUGACAGGCAGGCAUCCUCCUCGAAUAACUCUUUCUAUGAACUCAUUUGUAAUCAUCUAUGAAGGCGAGAACUUUACCGAUGCUGUUAAAAUCAUGUAACAUUUCAGUCCAAUGUGUGAUUGUUGUAAAUAAAAUACAAAACAUUUUCUUA